AUGCCUUCGACUCUCGUCGUCCACCACCUGCGUGUCAGUCAAUCUGAAUGCAUCGUCUGGCUCUGCGAAGAGCUUGGAAUUGACUACAAGCUCGUAUGCCACGACCGCGACCAGCAGACACUCCUAGCCCCCGAUGUGUACAAGGAACUUAGCCCAUUGCGGACAGCACCUGUGAUUGAGGAUGUUGAUACUUACACACCGAACCACGAUCACAUCCGCCUAGCAGAGUCUCAGGCAUGCAUCGAAUGGAUUUGCAGAAAACACGGUCAAGGACGUUUGUUGAACAAACCUUGGGAUCCCAACUGGAAGGAAUGGUUGUUCUGGUGGCACUUCACGCACGGCUCGUUCCAACCCACAUGUCAAAUGCUGCUGCUCGCUGCAUCGCUUCCAGAGGACCAUCCUGGCCUCAAGGUGGCUAAUUCAAGGAUCAGUCACUAUCUUGACUUGAUCGAGCAGCGCCUAAGCAAGUCGAGAUUCCUCGUUGGCGAUGAACUUACAGCCGCCGAUAUCCAGAUGGUCUUCCCACUCACCACUCAGAGGGCCUUUGUACCUAUCGACCUUGGCGUAUACCCCAGCAUUCUAAGGUACCUGAAAGAGAUUGGGGAAAGACCUGCAUAUCAAAAGGUCUUCGAGAAAGCCGAGACAACACUGAAACCGAUGCUCGAUGCCAACCCUCCGUCUCCCUACAAGUUUUGA